AUGAAACUAAUUGGGUUAUUAAUUAUUAUUUUACUCCUAACUCACACAGAUGGAGCUAAAGCCAAAUUCAAAGACAUGAAAAUUAGAAAGAAUGAAUGCUUAAAUUAUGACGCUUGCAAAUUUGACAAAACUGAAAACUGUUUAAAUCGCUGUCUCUCUGAAAAAUGCUACCUUGAGUUCUACGGAAAUAGCCCUUUAAUCCCCCGUGAGCGAAGAAAACUAUUGAGAAGCAACCCUCCGUGAGUGAACAAAAAUUUGUUUAAUAUAAAUUAUUUUUUGAAAAAAAAGUUUGAUAUAUAAGUGCUAAAUAUUAUAAUGAAAUCUUCUGCUAACUCUGUUUCAAUUUAACAGUUUUUUAUUUUAAAACAUAAAUUAAUUGUUUUCGCUUUCCGAUUUUUGAGAAUUAGGAUUUUUUUUAAAUUUGAAAAAAAAUUUAGCGAGCCAAAUUUUUGGAGGGGCGAAGCUGCUCCCCCAUUAAAUCUGAAGGAAAAAUCCUUUUCAAAAUUUUAAAGGGGGGAUAUUUUUUUAAAAAAUUUAUAUUUUAAUAAAAUAAUAUAAUUGAGCACAAUACUUUUAUUUUUAUGAAGAAAUAAUUUUUAAAAAAAUUAAUCGAUUCGGUGUUUAAGCUGUUUAAUAAUAAUAAUAAUUAAGCGAAAUGUGUUUUAAGGUCCCUACUUCCAUGCGUGGCAUUCCUCCGCGCUCCUUAAGGAGCCGUGCCGGCACGAGCGAAAAGGAUGGACUUCCAUCACUGGUUCUCUGAGCCCAGGCCGAAACCCCUGGUUUCUCGGUAGUGGGUUGCCCUAUUGAGUUGUCAGCCGACUGUCGCCGGGCACUACCAUUUCCAACUCAGCCUUCCGCCCCGAAUUACGCCAGUCUUUGCCUCUCGGUUGGCCGGAUCGCCCCGUUUAAUUUGGGGCCCUUUUAACUGGAGAGACCGCCUCUUGGUCGUCUAAUCUGCCUCCCCCUUUUCCAGCUUAUCCGCUUGAGAAAAUCCUCAAUCGCUUCGCGAUUCGGGGCAGACCACAGUAGCAGCUUGAGCAGGUAAGUCGCCCUGCUCCAUUUCGGGCACCCACUGGCUUGGGCGCUGCUGGAAAAAGAAGAUGCUCCUAACUGCCCUAGGAUCUGGACACGAUCAGCGGGUCUGUGUUUGUCCCCGGUCGCCACCAGGGUCCAGAUAUUGCUGGGCUAAGUCGCUUCUUCAGAAAACCAUGCUCGGAUAUACACGGGCUACCGUCACUGAGAGGGCGAGUCGGUCGUCAUACGCCAUUUUAUGUAUAUAUGUGUUUAAGCUGUUUAAAUAGCAUUCUACUUGCACUUUUUUCAUUAAUAUAUGUCAAAAUUAAUUUUACAAAUAUUAGUAUAAUGCUUAAAGGAGGCUCAGGCUAUAUUUUUUCCAAUUUAAAGAGGAUUUACGUGCCCAAAAAAUGAAAAUUGCACCUAUAUUUUGUUGGAGUUAGAAGAAGGCCAAGUUGAUCGAGAAAAAUACAGGGUUUUUAAUGAGUGCUUAAAAAACGAAGAAAAGGAGCUAAGGAAUAGGUGGCGGAACGAAGAAUUAUAG